AUGCACCUCAGCGUACAUGAUAUAAAUACCAACACGAGAGGAUGGACCGUAACGCCAGAGGUGAGCAUCCUCCGGGCGGUGUUCUGGAUCGCGUACAUGGUCGGGGUGGUCGUGGUGGCAGCGUACUCGGCCACCCUCGUCUCCUUCCUGACGGUGCAGGGAAACGACCUUCCCUUCGAUUCCCUCGAUGAUAUUCAGAGGAUCGGCAAGCAUCGUCUGGGAAUUCUCAAGGGAUCGGUUCUUGAGGAAUUCUUCAAGAACCAGAACUUCAUACAAUACUUCAACUCGCUCAUCCUGCCCUACCCGGACACGUUGGCCAAGUCCUACGAGGAGCUGAGGGCGCAGGCUCUCAAGGACUCGGACUUCGCCUACGUGGGCACCUACGAGAUCCAGCGGCUCGACAGCGUGGGGGCGUGCACCUUCCGCUCCGCCCGGCAGCACCUCCUCUUCAACGACGGCUCGCUCGGCUGGCCCAAAGGGUCACCCUACGUCCAGCUCUUCGAUCAUUUGUGGGUUUGAAAGGCAGUGUGGUUUAUCCCCUUUUUCCUGUUUUUUUUCUGUUUUUUUAUUGCUUGGCUUUCUUUCUUUCCGAUUUCAAAGGGACCGCGAUUACAGCGAGCUUCAGAUCUUAUACUUGAUGUGCAACGUUCCGUAUGAAACGAUGUUUUUGCAGGGUUGUGGUUGCCACGAGGGUAAUACUGGCUUGGCGUUUUUGCUGUGCUCAGUUUUACGAAACGACCAGUUUUU